AUGGCAGAUACAUCAGCAAUAGGCGAGAAUCCAACUCUCGAUCAAUUUUAUUCACAUGUUACAUCUAAAGAACCCCAUAUUCGAUUAGAAUGCUUUCCAUUGCUCGAAGCGUAUUUAUCUGAUGUACAUAAUUGCACGGACUGCGAAGACUUGAAUGGUUUUAUCAAAGGUUUAUUGAAAUGGAUUGAAGGCAGCAAUUAUCGAAUUUCCCAUAACGGCCUUCGAAUAUUAGAAUUAUUGAUUGAACGAUUAGAUUCUUAUGAAUUCGAACAUUAUCUUGACAAUGUGAUCUCGGUGACUGUCGAUCGAUUAGGCGAUGGAAAAGAUCAAGUACGAGAAGCAGCUAGUCAACUUCUAUUAAAAUUGAUGAAAAAAUUCACACCUCAACGUAUUUGGGAUCACCUCCAACCAUUAGCUUUUGAAAACAAACAAUUUCGCAUCAAAGAAGAACUUCAACGAUUAAUCGUUCGAACAUUAAACGAGUUCGGUGGAUCGGCCAUUCAAUUGAAUAAACUCGUUCCAUUAAUUUGUAAACUUGUUUCUGAUUCUAAUGGCACUGUUCGUCAACAAGCGAUUGAUACACUCGUCGAAAUUUAUCGUCAUGUGGGUGAAAAAGUUCGAGGUGAUAUAGCUAAACGAGACAUACCAGAGGCAAAAUUAAAACAACUGUACGAUAAAUUUGAUGAUGUUGUUGCUAGCGGACGAAUGAUUGCUAAAAUAACUGACACAACGGAUGGCACUGCUUCAUCUUCUUCUGUAGUUAGCGCCCGUCCGAAACCGCCGACUUCGAGUGUGAAAUCCCGAUUCAACCAGGAUAAUGCAGCAACAGCCCGAUCACGUGCAGGAAUAUCAUCAGCAAGUACAACUCCAGUGUCAGCAGCUGCUGCCAGUGGUGCUGUUGAUGAAGCGAUAUUCGAAGAAGCAUUCAAUGCAUCUCAUGCUAUACCAUUAUCAUCGGCGAAAGAUGUUGAAAAUCAAUUAGUCAUUAUUCGCGAUACUCUUGCUGAUACCAAUAAUGAUUGGGAGAAACGUGUAGAAGCGCUGAAACGAUUACGUUCCAUCAUAGCCGGUGGUGGUGAUCAAUAUGAUGAAUUUAUUCGUGCUCUCCGUCAACUUGAUCUACCACUAGUUGCGACUGUCAAAGAUCUCCGCUCACAAAUUGUUCGUGAAGCUUGUAUCACAUUAGCAUACAUGUCCGUACGUUUGACCAAUCGCUUUGAACGUACAGCAGAAGGUGUCCUACCGGCUAUGCUCAAUUUAAUCCAAAAUAGUGCAAAAGUCAUUGCAACAAGUGGUGCUAUUGCUAUGCGUUUUAUUAUCAGUCAUACACAAGCAAGUAAAAUCAUUCCAUUGAUACUAGCUGGAGUCGAAUCAAAAUCGAAAGAUAUUCGAAGACAUACGUUUGAAUUGUUGGUUAUUAUGCUUUCCCAAUGGGAUUCCGUUUACCUGGAUAAACAUGGUCAAUUAAUACAUAAUGCAAUAAAGAAAGGUCUAUCAGAUGCUGACGCUGACGCUCGUUCAUAUGCAAGAAAAGCAUUUGGACAUUUCCGGGACCGUUUUUCUUUAUUAGCUGAUGCUUUGCUUGCUUCACUUGACGCUUCCAAAAAGAAAACUUUAUUGGGUGAAAUGAGUAAUUCAUCGAGUACACAUUCACUAGCAAGUGCAGGCACUUCGAAAUUACGUAGUGUUAAAGAUGCUACACCACGACAAGCUCGAGCAUUAGUUCAUGAUAAACAGCAAUCUCCAGGUAGCCUGGCACGAUCUUCGAGUGCGAAUGAACUUGCGCUACGACGAAAAAAUAAUCUAUCAAACUUGACGACACCUACGAUUCAAUCUACAACCGGUCGACCGCGCUUUCUUGCUCAGUCAACAGCAGUAACAACUAGUGCAAAAAUAUCUACAACUAAUACUCGCCCAAAUCACACUGUUUCUCAAUCCCAACCAGGCAGCCGUUCAACAUCGCCAAAUUCCUUGAAAACAUCCCAUUAUUUAUCGUCGGCGUUGCGCACACCAACGAAUACACGGUCAAGAAUACCAGUCGGUUCAAGUGGCGGUUCCAGAAUAUCAAGUCGAGAAUCAAGUCCAGGACGAACACCGGUGACUGCUAGUGGCGGUGGAAAUAGACGUCGAUACUGUCGACCCUACGGAUAUCGAGCACCAGGAAGUGAUUACGGUGAUCAUGCACGCCGUGUCAAUGGUGCUUGGGGUGCUGAUAGCGGCGACGAUGCAUCAGAAACGUCUAGCAUAUGUUCAGAACGAUCCCUUGAAGAUGUAGCAGAUAUCUUGCGUCGAAUGCAAAGCAAUGAAUGGACCGAAAGAAAAGACAGUCUCGCUGGUUUAUACCACAUGAUUCGAUCAGGUCGUGUAUUCAGUACUCAUGAAUUGAAACGUAUAACUGAAUUAUUAACAAAACGUUUUUAUGAUCCACACUCACAAGUCUUUACUGCAUUUCUUGAUGUCCUACCUGAAUUUAUAACAGCGUAUAAACGUGAAUUGAAUGAGUGGCUCUAUACAUUAUUAACACGUUUAUUGAUUCGUUUGGGUGCACCUGAUCUACUUGAUUCCGUUUAUAAAAAAUUAAAGACAUGUUUAACAAUUGUGAACACAUCAUUUGACGUUCAUGCUCAAUUUACUGUCCUUAUUCGUUUUAUAAAUGACAACUCAUCGGCACCAGGUAUCAAAGCCAAAGAAACACUUUUGAGAUACCUCCAACAGAUCAUUCAACAUAUGGAACCGGUUGAUAUUGCCAACAAUGCAGAUAUUCGCAUUGCUUUGUCGAAAAUUAUCAAUUGGUCUAGUGAACCGAAAAGUAUCGAGAUGAGAAAGGCUGCGCAGGGUGUUAUACUCGCUUUCUACAAUUUGAAUCGACCAGAAUUUACACUGAUGCUCACUGCCUUACCACAAACUUACCAGGAUGCUGCUGCAAAGAUUCUUCGUCCUACAAAUGAUAUGCAAUCUUCCACUCAUUCUCAACUCGAUUCGAAAUCUGAUUUCCUUCAACGAUCAAGUAGUAGCGGUUUAACAUCUUCAUUAACAAGCUCUAUGCAUUCCGAUGUUCAAACACCCUCCUAUGCAUCGGACAUGCGUAUUCUGAUGGAAAAUAUGCAAGCAUUAAAUGUCAACCAUCGUCAAGACGAUCUAUUAUUAUCAAAUCCUCAUUCAUUAAAAGAAACAGGUUAUCAAGAUUUACGCGCAAAUUCAAUUCGACACUAUACACCACAAGCAUAUCGUUCUAAUCAAUCGCAAAGCAACGCAACAGAAGCGUCAGAUAGUAUUUUGGAUGCUGCCGAUCGUCCGGCUGCAAUCGAUGUUGCCUUGAAUAUGGCUAAUCAACAAACAUUGAGCAAAGAACAACGACAACAUGCUCUACGUUGUAUCUUGAAAUUUUCGAAAUUAAAUGAUACAGAAACAUGGAACUUAGCAUUUAGUAAAACGUUGAAUAUUUUAACACAAAUACUUGACAAUGAGCAAGAUGAAAUCUUGUAUAAAGUUUAUAGUUUACGUAUCAUACGGGAAUUAUUAACACAUCAUGCAAGUUUAUUUAAAAAUUAUAUCGAAUUGACCAUUUUUCGAAUCUUAAAAGCACAAAGCGAUUCCGAAAGUGAAAUCACGCGUUCAGCGGAACAAGCUGCUCAUGCUGCAGCAGAAUAUCUUCCUGCUGAAAAUACCGUUCGUGUACUUAAACCAAUCGUUGAACAAGCCAAAUAUCCCAUGAAUCAAUCAGCAAUUGCAAUGCUACAAAAGACAAUUGAAUUCAUGAACAAAGAUAUUUGUACAGAACUAAUGGCUGAAAUGAUUCCAGCACUUUUGACCUCAUGGGAUAGUGAAACAUCAAGUGUACGCAAAGCGGCAGUUUUCUGUUUGGUUUCGAUUUACCUAGUUGUUGGUGAUAGUUUACGUACGCAUUUACAUAAAUUAAGUGCAAGCAAGCUCAAACUCUUGAAUGUCUAUAUAUCCAAAGCUCAACAACAGACAAGCAAUCUAGAGAAAUCAGCAACAUUCAAUGGAAAUUCAAAUAAAGCCUAA